AUGAUGUUUCGUAAAAAGAAUAGUAUAUAUAUUUGUUUACUGUUAUUAUUAUUAUUAUUAUUAUUUUAUUUUGUUUAUUUAGGUGAUUUUUUAUAUAUUUUGUUGUUUUUAAUUUGUUUAUUAAAAAUAAAUAUAUGCCAACAAGAAGAACGAAUCGAAGUUUUAGAAAAACGAAUAAAAGAUUUAGAAGCUCGACAACAACAAUAUCCAGAAGUGAAAUUUUUAACAUAUAAAGAUCGUAAACGAAUUUUAGUUACGGGUGGAGCUGGUUUCGUCGGUUCACAUCUUGUUGAUCGAUUAAUGCUUCAAGGUCAUGAAAUAAUUGUUGCUGAUAAUUUUUUUACUGGUCGUAAACGAAAUAUUGAACAUUGGAUUGGUCAUGAAAAUUUUGAAUUAAUUAAUCAUGAUAUUGUUCAUCCACUUUUUAUUGAAGUUGAUCAAAUAUAUCAUUUAGCUUCACCAGCAUCACCACCACAUUAUAUGUAUAAUCCGGUUAAAACAAUUAAAGUUAAUUCAAUUGGAACUAUUAAUAUGUUGGGUUUGGCACGUCGUGUUCGUGCUCGACUUUUAUUUGCUUCAACAAGUGAAGUUUAUGGUGAUCCAGAAGUUCAUCCACAAAAAGAAUCCUAUUAUGGUAAUGUUAAUUCAUUUGGACCACGAGCAUGUUAUGAUGAAUCAAAACGAGUUGCUGAAGCUAUGUGUUAUGCAUAUGCUCAACAAGAACAUAUUUCUAUUCGUAUAGCUCGAAUAUUUAAUACAUAUGGUCCACGAAUGCAUAUGAAUGAUGGACGUGUUGUUAGUAAUUUUGUUUUACAAGCACUUCAGAAUGAAUCAAUUACUAUUUACGGAAAUGGAAAACAAACUCGUUCAUUUCAAUAUGUUAGUGAUCUUAUUGAUGGUCUUAUUGCUUUAAUGAAUAGUAAUUAUUCGAUGCCAAUGAACAUAGGCAAUCCAGAUGAAUAUACAAUUGAAAAUUUUGCAUUAAAAAUAAAAAAUCUUGUUGGUAUUGUUGAAACUCCAUUACCUGCUUUUUAUAAACAAAUGACUGAACGUCCAACAACAGGUGAUUUUGGUUAUAAUCCAACAUUAGGUCUUGUACCUCAACUUUCACUACCUGAUAAUUUACCUGAACUUGAUAAUUACGCAACCUUUGAUGAUAAUACUGCUAUCGAUUGGACUGGACAACAAAUGACAUCUAUUGCACCUUCAUUCGUUAUUUCGAUGUUACCAGAUAUUAAAGAUCUAACAUCAAUAACAACAACAACGACUGUGUCUCCAGUUGAACAUCCAAAAACAACUGUAUCUGCUCCUCCACCGGUUGAUAUACCGGCGAUCAUACCUCUUACAUCUGUUUCAAAUUCUGUUCCUCCUCCAGCUGUACCACUACCACCAACUGCUCCACCAUUACCUUCGGCAGUUCCUUCAGUUUUGAUACCAUCAGCAACUGUUAAUGAAUCACAAACAUCGACUAAUAAUGAAAUUAAUGAUAAUGAUAACGAUGAUGAUGACGGUGGUAAUCCUUUACUUGCACAAAUUCGUAAUUUUUCGAAAACAAGUAAACUUAAAUCAGCAUCAAAAUCAAAUCCAGUUGAUGAAGCACCAUUACCAAGUUCACAUGAACAAGAAAGUAUUAUGGAUAGUUUAAAAAAACGUUUAAUGCAACGACGUGGUUUUAUAACAGGUGAAACAGCAGCAUCAUCGUCAACUUCUGCUGAAAAAACUAUUGCUGCACCACCACCACCACCACCUUCAACUGGUGGUGCAUUUACAGAUGCAAUUGCAGCUAAAGCAAAAGAAAUAGCUGAUGAACAACAACGUCGAAAAGAUGAUUCAGAUAAUGAUGAUGAUGAAGAGAAUUGGGAAUGA